AUGGCCCCUAGGCCACCAGUUCAUCCCCACCGGUCCACCACAGUGCCCCGCAGCCACGAUCCCGCCUCGAUCUUCUCUGCCUCGACGGAGCAGCCGUCGCCGGCCUCCAGGAACGGCUGCUCUGCAUCGUCCUCGCGCGCCUCCUUCCUCGAGCAGGAGCUCGACCUACUGCCGGCGACCUCGUGCCCGAUCUCCCUCACCUCCUUCGUCCUGCGAGCAACAGUAGACCGUGGCGCCACCACCGGAGCUCGCCGCUGCCGGGAAUCACCGUCUUUCGCCGGAGAUCGCGUCCUUGUCCUGGAUCCGGCCACCAGCUCAUCCCCCCCGGUCCACCACAGUGCCCCGCAGCCACGAUCCUGCCUCGAUCUUCUCUGCCUCGACGGAGCAGCCGUCGCCGGCCUCCAGGAACGGCUGCUCUGCAUCGUCCUCGCGCGCCUCCUUCCUCGAGCAGGAGCUCGACCUGCUGCCGGCGACCUCGUGCCCGAUCUCCCUCACCUCCUCCAUCCCGCGAGCAGCAGUAGACCGUGGCGCCACCACCGGAGCUCGCCGCUGCCGGGAAUCGCCGUCUUUCGCCGGAGAUCGCGUCCUUGUCCUGGAUCCGCGCUGCCGCCUCCUGCCUGUGUGUCGUGCGCGGGAACCAGCAAGACUCCAGCACCAUGGCCUUCCCUACCUCUGCCCGAGCGCCUCCAGGACCUCGUCUGCCCCGCCGCAUCGCCGAAUCCGGCCACCAGGAUCCUCGAACGCCGCCGCUUCCUUCCUCCUGUUGCUCGAUCCCCUGUUUCACGAACGAGGAGACGAGCGCCUCGCCCGCGCGUUGACCCCGUCCUCGACCGCGCCAGCGUGGCCAGCCUCUUGGACCGCGUCGCCAAGCCCAGCAGCCACUGCAGCUCAGCUUCUUCCUCCCCGAUUCGGCCUCAAAGGCCCAUGUUUCCGGUAAUGUUGCGAUUGUGAGGAUUCGUUUGACUACUCCCGUUCG